UGAACGAUUUGUAAGCAGAAAAGAAAACACCAGAGAAAAACUUGUACGGGCAGUUUCGGCCUACUGUUACCGGCUAUCGGAAAAAACGAGUUUUUUUUUUUUUAAUAUCUCUGAAAUUUCCCCUUUUUUUUCGUUUUCACAUGGCAGCCGAGAAGAGAAGCCAUGUUUGUAAUGGUGAAGAUGAGGAGGAGCAAGAAGAUCAUAAGAUGGAGCAGUUUUUUGCCCUGAUAAGGAAUUUCCACGAGGCUCGUAAUAGGAGAAAAGAUGAACUGAGACAAAGGGAUCACGACGUAAGUACGAAGAAGCAAAACAAGAUAAGGAGGUUAAACGAUGAGCAAUCAAGUUGGGUUCCAAGAUUUGAAUGGGCAGAUUUUACUGAGGAGAUUGACUUUCGAAGGCCACCUAUUAUCUUUCCAAGCCCAUACAACAAAAAAGAUGAUAAGAAAAAACAAAGAGUAGAAGAAGAUGAUGGUUUAGAUCUUAAGCUCGCCCUUUAGCUUCGGCUUUUCCUCGUUCAAAACAAUGUUAAUUACUAAGUGCUUUAAAAGAAAAUAACUUUCUGCUUUAUCAUGUAUUAUUUUGUUCUUGAUGAUAAGUGUUCAAUCUUUAAAAGAGGUUUCUGUUUAGAGAUUAAAUCUGAUAUUGAAUUUCAUUAACCAAAAGUGGAGAAAAAAAUUCAAGAGGUGGGUUGCGUCAAGCUAGCGUCCACUUCGUUUAACGUUGAAAGUUAAGGUUUCAUAUAAAAUCUUGAUUGAAGAACGUAGCGGGUAUGACAAGGGAUUUGUUUUGGUUUGUUUCGUCAGAAUUACUCAGACAACAGAGUAUUUUCUUGUAGUCUCAAUAAGCGUAGGACACCAUGUGUCCAGAUAUUUUUCAUCUGUAGUUCAAAUUCAACCAUCAUUCUGCUAAAAUGCUAAAUCCCAAUCAAUUUCUUAUCCACGUUUCUUAAUCGUAAUUUCAUUUCAAGCCCUGUGGAUGUCGGGUCCCCAACAUUCAUUCUGU